UUACUCUGUAGCUGUCAACUCAUUCGAUUGAUUCUAUCUGUCAAUUUUGUCAUCAUUUCGGAUGCGAAUCGUGACUUUCAGUUUCUUGCAAGUUAAUGUGAAUAACUAUUUGUUUUGUAAACUUCAGUGUUACGUGAACUUAAUCCAGAAUGCCUAAGGUUUCAGUUAAGGUAAAAUGGGGCAAGGAGAUGUAUCCAGGAGUGGAGGUGAACACAGAUGAUGAACCUGUGGUGUUCAAGGCACAGAUCUUUGCCCUCACUGGGGUGCAGCCUGAGAGACAGAAGGUGGUCUGCAAAGGGGUCACUCUUAGGGACGAUUCUUGGGCCAACUUCAAGUUGUCUAAUAAUGCUCUGGUGCUGGUAAUGGGCAGCAAGGAGGAAGAUGUGCCAUCUGCUCCCGUGGAACAAACACGCUUUGUAGAAGACAUGAAUGAGUCUGAGCUUGCUACUGCUUUGGACUUGCCCGAGGGUCUUAUCAACUUGGGCAACACAUGCUACAUGAACGCUACAGUACAGUGCCUGAAGACAGUACCUGAACUUAAGAAUGCCUUACUUAGUUAUGAUAAGUCAUCUGGUGGUGGAACCGCGGGGGAGUUAACAUCGGCGUUGAGCGACACGAUGUCAGCGUUAGAAGGGGGCGGGGCUGGAGCUUGCGCGGGCGCAGCUGCCAAGCUACUGCGCGCCCUUCACGCCACUGCGCCACGCUUCGCGGAGCGUGGACCUGGCGGAGGCCUGGCGCAACAGGACGCGUCGGAAUGUUGGACUGAGAUCAUCAGGGCGCUACAAGCCAGGCUGCCAUCUGCGCCCAAUGCACCAGCAAAUAGAUCGUCAGUUAUUGAGCAGUACUUCGGUGGUACCCUGGAUGUGGAGCUGGUAUGCUCGGAGGCAGAAGAACCUCCCACCCGUUCUACUGAGACCUUCCUGCAGUUAUCCUGCUUCAUCUCGCAAGAUGUCAAGUAUCUGCAGUCUGGGCUCCGAUCUAAAAUGUCCGAGCAAAUCACAAAAUUGUCACAAACCUUAGGAAGGGAUGCAAUCUACACUAAAACAAGCAAAAUCAGUCGUCUGCCAGCGUACUUAACGGUGCAAUUCGUGAGAUUCUACUACAAGGAGAAGGAGUCGAUCAACGCGAAGAUCCUGAAGGACGUGAAGUUCCCGUUGGAGCUGGACGUGUAUGAGCUCUGCUCACCCGAGCUGCAAGAGAGAUUGAUGCCUAUGAGGAACAAGUUUAAGGAAUAUGAAGACGCAAAUGUGGAGUCGUCUCUAAGUUCCAAGAACCAUGGAGACAGUUCAAAAGAAAUUAAGAAAAAGGACCCGAUGAGAUCUGUACCCUACUGGUUCCCUAAUGACGUAGGCAGCAACAACAGCGGGUACUACCGGCUGCAGGCAGUACUGACGCACCGCGGGCGCUCGUCGUCCUCCGGGCACUACGUGGCCUGGGUCGCUCGCGGGGACUCCUGGCUGCGCUGCGACGACGACGCCGUCACUCCCGUCACCGAGGAGGAGGUGCUCAAGCUCAGCGGAGGCGGUGACUGGCAUUGCGCAUACCUCCUGCUGUACGGGCCUAAGAUCCUUCAAGUUCCAGAAGUGGACGACAAGCCAGAGCCGAUGAUCACGGAACACGACGACGAAGACCCACCCAUCGCCCUCGCGUAACGCCUCCAUACAUACAUAGCAUACAUUUGUUCCAGCCCGCUUGACUAUUCUGCGACAACUUCUGCAACUCGCACAACUUUCUUUAGCCAUAAUGUAUUUCUCCUAUAUUGCUACCUGAUAUAACGAUGUAGGAAAUAAGAACUCAUAUUAUUUAGUUCAUAUCAGAUUAGAGUAUGCAAACAUCGGCACUAGUCUGUGAUUGCUCUAGGUAUAAAAUAUACCUAAUAAUUUCCAAUGCGCUAAAAUCAUUCGUUUGAGAAAAUAUUUGCCCUAAAUUAGCGCAAUGUUUGCGCAAUUUGCGCAUGUGAUUUAUACUACGUAUUUCAUUAUAUGAUCAAUGCGCAUGCCAAUAUCCUUUGUAAGACUGCGUUAAUCUGCGAAAACUGCGCAUAAUUUACUGCGCAACCCGUUUUGCGCUAAAGACUGGCAAAUUGGCUGUGUAUCAGAUAUAUUGGAUCGGUAUUAUGCUUCAGAGUAGCAAUAUAGGAGUAUGAGAUAUCUGAAAUACUUAUGACAAAGCGUUAUUAAAUAUGUGUAUGUCUUAGACACCUACUGUAUAGAGGGACAGAGAUUUGGGUUCACUUUAUGUUCUAAAAUUGAGUCUUAGUCUGAAGUAUAAGCGACAUCCUUUAUUCUUAAAAAGAAAAUUCUCAUUGCGCAAAAUGGCAUGGCAAUAGUUUAAGAAUUUAUUAUGGAUAUUCUAAAUGCAGGUAGAUUAAUAUAAAGUAAUUUAUUGUCUUCUAAGCAUAGUAGUAGUUUAUUCUACUUCGCUAUGCUUUGUAUUGCCUUGGCCUCUAGUAGCGUAUUAAAAAAACAGGUGUAGAUAGUAUAUAAAAUCUACAGAAUACUAGUCUCCUAGAUUAUUGGUGUCAAAUAUGAAUUGAAGAAACCAAUCAGAUUUAAUUUAUUUAUUUAUUUAAUAUAAACUCGCUAUAAAUAUUUUGCGUUUACUUUUGAGGUCAGCUAGUUAAAUAGCGCAAUAAAUUAA